CCAUGGGAUGUCAAGCUGUCAAAAGCUAGUGAGGUGAAACCGGAGUGGUGGCUCAUUCACUACGUGAUUGCUAGGUCCGUGGGUGGAAAGAACCAGACCAAUGCAAUUUUACUGCCCGAGACGCAACCUUUUUCCAUAGUAUGCAACUACCUCGAUCACUUUAUCUCAGUUUGGCUAUCUUGUCAAUCUCAAGCUUUAUGAAAUGAACCAUCGACUUUGGGGCCAUGCAAUUUCGGUUGGAUAGUAGGACCACUCAUAUAUCCUUUGAAGUUUUGAAGUCGAAAAUCAAAGUUCUACAUAUGAAUGACGAUAGCAUUUGGAAAGUAUAGGGACUUCCAUUUCCAACCACUAACAUGUUGGACAUGGAGGGUACCGUCUUCCGGAAGCUAAGGUGGCAAGAGAACGAAGAGGACUUGAAACCGAGGAAGAUCAAGUGGAGAGCAUAUGUGAGGGAUGAGAGGUGCCUCUACCCACUUCUCAACCGGUUCCCCCACCACUCAACAAUGCCAGGGACUACCGAUUCAAAGCAAUGAUAGCGGUGAUCCUUCACAAUCAAAGGAGGGAGAAGGAAGCGCGACUCCACAUCAUGGCAUGCAUCCAUGCUAUUAUGAAGAAGAUGGAAAUUUUGAUCGAAGAUGUAUCGCCCAAACUUGAUCUCUCCACUCACCUUGCACCACCCCAAGAAGAAGAAGAAGAAGAAGAAGAAGAAGAAGAAGAAGAAGAAGAAGGAUCCUCUGAGGAGGAUUGAGUACUAGGCAUCUGGGGCCUAAGUUCUAUCUUUUCUUUUUCUUUGCUUCUCAUUUCUUUCAAUUAAAACAAUGUUUAUUG